AUGGGGACAGACAGGCCAGGCGCCCCCCCAGCCAGCCAGCCAGGCCUCCAGCUCCAGCAGCAGCCAGCCAGUCAGUCAUUCCGUCCUGGAGAGAAGCCCCUGAUGCUGGAGACCACUAAAGCUCCCCUGCUGGGUCUGGAGCAUAACAGCCUGACAUGGGGGGGGACAAACUUUUGGCACCAGGGCCUGCUGGGAGCGAACUGGGAGCAGAAUGGGAGCCCCGCUGGACACCAGUGGACACGAGUCUUGAUAACUCAGGUUCCGGACAGUGACGAGCAGUUUGUUCCUGAUUUCCAUUCUGAGAACUCGGUGGCAUUUCACAGCCCUCCGGUCACCAUCAAGAAGGAGCCGCAGAGCCCGGGCUCCGACCCCAGCCAGUCCUGCAGCCACAAGCAGAGCUUCAGCUACCCCAAUGGAGAGCAGUGCCUUUAUGCCAGUGCCUAUGAGCAGAAGAGGGCUGCAGCCGGGGCCAAGAGCUCCUGCCCGGGGACCCCCAUGUCCCCCAUGCAGCAGCACUACUCCCCGAAACCUGCCACAGCCGGGCGGCCGGACGCCGGCUACAUGAACCCGGCCGCCGCCUCGCAGCCUCUACCCAGCAACAGCUACCCCAUCAGCGCCAGCUCCAGGUUUCAGGGGCCCUCAGGAGAGCCCAUGUGCCCCCAGUUCCCCCAACCAGGGCAGGCCUUCCAGCGCAUGAGCUCUGCACCAUCAGGACAUGGCGGUGCAGGAGCUGGUGUAGGCGGGGGUGGAGGGCCGGGUGGUGGAGGCGGAGGCGGUGGCGGUGGGGGGGGCUACCACCGGCAGCACUCCGACCCCUGCAUGCCCUACCUGCAGCAGAGCUUUAAGCAGGAGUACGUGGACCCGCUGUACGAGCGAGCGGCUCACAUGGCCGGGCACGGCCACGGAUCUCACCCCCACCCCCACCCCCAGCACCACCAACACCCACAUCCACACAGGUUCCCCCCCGCCCACAUGAUCGUCAAGCAGGAGCCCACAGACUACACCUACGAGCCUGAUGUGCCUGGAUGUCCCUCCAUGUACCACCACAACGAGGGCUACACAAACCCCCAGCACAGCAAUGAAGGCUACCUGUUUGAGAACGACUCCCGUGUGGUUCCAGAGAAGUUCGAAGGUGAGGUGAAGCAGGAGGGCGGAGGUGUUUUCCGUGAGGGCACGCCUUACCAGCGCCGCGGCUCCUUGCAGCUCUGGCAGUUCCUGGUGGCCCUGCUGGACGACCCGGGUAACUCCCACUUCAUCGCCUGGACCGGCCGCGGCAUGGAGUUCAAACUCAUCGAACCCGAAGAGGUCGCCCGGCUGUGGGGCAUGCAGAAGAACCGUCCGGCCAUGAACUACGACAAGCUCAGUCGCUCUCUGCGCUAUUACUACGAGAAGGGAAUCAUGCAGAAGGUGGCGGGCGAGCGCUAUGUUUACAAGUUUGUGUGCGAGCCCGAGGCGCUCAUCUCUCUGGCCUUCCCCGACAAUCAGCGGCCCAGCCUGAAGGCCGAGUUCGAGCGCUACGUCAACGAGGAGGACACGGUGCCGCUGUCCCACCUGGACGAGGCGGUGCCCUACACCCCGGACCAACCCCCCCAAAACAUGGGCGCCCAGCCCUACUCCAAAGGCUACAUGUACUAAAGCCAGCCACCUCUCCUUUGCCCCCCCCCCCGCCUUCAAAAAUCUUCCUGUUGUACCGACCCAUCAUCAUACACGCCCCCGACACCCCCAUGCACCUCUUGCACAUGCCCACCCCACCCACUUGUAUAUAAGGCUAUGGUGUUUUUGUUUUUAAAUUAAUCUCAUUAGGGAUUUAUUUUGUUUUGUUUUUGUUUUUAAAGAGCUGCAUUCCUCUCACAUCUGAGGCCUAUUCAAUCCAUAAACAUGACUGUGGUCGAAGAGAUUGCUUAAUAAAUACCCAUGAUAAUAUCCAA